AUGUUAAGUCAAGCUGUGACCAAUCAAGUUGGACAGAGAGAGAAUCGACAUGAAAGGGCUGAUACUUUAAGGAUCCGUGAAUUGUUAAUGAUGAAUCCUCCGAGCUUCACUGGUUCAAGCAUCAUUGAGGAUCCGAAGAACUUCGUUGAUGAGCUUCAGAAGGUUUUUGAGAUUAUGCAUGUCAUCGAUGCUGAGAGAGUGAAAUUAGAUGCAUACCAACUAAAGGGUGUCACUAUAAUCUGGUUUGAUCAAUUGAAAAAGAAUCAAGCUGAGGGUGCACCACUUUUCAUCUUCAUAAUUCAUCUGUAUUUGCAUUCUCCUUCAUCUUCUUCUAUGGGAGACAUUCCAGGUGACACGACUGCUACCAACACUUUAACUCGAUUGGAUUUCAAUUCCCCCUUCUAUUUGCAUCCCUCAGAGAAUGCAGGCUCUACUUUACUUCCUGCUGUUAUUGAUGGAACUAGCUAUAGGUCAUGGAGACGAGCAGUUCUUCGGGCUUUAUCUGUUAAGAGUAAAACUGGAUUCAUCAAUGGAAAAAUUGUGAAGCCAAAUUCUGCAGAUCCAACCUUCAUGCAGUGGGAAAGGUGUGACGACAUGGUGACCUCUUGGAUUUUAAAUUCUCUCUCACCAGAUCUGCGAGAUAGCUUGCAAUACGUUAAUAAUGCCAAGGAACUUUGGGAGGAGUUGGAGGAUAGAUAUGACCAAACUAAUGGUUGCAAACUCUAUCAACUACAGAAGGAGAUAAAUGACCUUGUGCAAGGCAAUUUGGAUGUCACCGGUUACUAUACUAAGAUGAAGAAGUUGUGGGAAGAAAUGAACACUCUUGAUGUCAAUUCUCAAUGCACUUGUGUGUGCAUUUGUGGUGGAAAAACGAGGAUGCAUAAGGCUGAGCAAGAUAGAAGACUUAUACAUUUUUUGAUGGGCCUAAAUGAGAUGUAUACUAUUGUACGUGGAAACAUCCUCAUGAUGCCUGAUCUACCAACUAUGGCACAAACAUUUAUGUCUGAUCUACCAACUAUGGCACAAACAUUUUCCAUUCUGUCACAAGAGGAAAGGCAGAGGGAAAUGAAGCCUCUCAGUCACAUGGCUUUGGAAUUCACCUCUCUAAAUGCCUCUGUGUCACCACAAUACAAUGCAGGACCUAAAGGUUUUAAUACAAACUACAAUGCAAACUACAAUUCUUCUAGAGGAGGUGCAGGCAGAGGUGCAAGCAGUUCCAAUACUUUUAGAGGGAAUUCCAGCUCUGGCAAUAGGUCAACCUUGUUCUGUGAAUAUUGCAAACGAACUGGGCAUACUAAAGAUAGAUGCUACAAGCUGCAUGGUUACCCAGCCAACACAAGAAACCUAAGAGGAAGAGGCUCAGGAUCUGCAGCAAAUGUGCAUUCUUCUGAGGAUGAUAGAAGUCAGUGUGAAGAAACUCCUGAGCAGGGAAGGCAAAUGCCAUUGAACCUGUCCAAAGGCCAGUAUGAACAACUACUCAAUUUGCUUGGGACUCUGCAGGUUGGAAAUGGAACUGAUUGCUCAGGGAACAUGUCAAGUGGAGCUGCAAACCUAGCAGGUAUACUUGCUUGCUAUUCUUCUAUUACUGAGAUAGGUGAUUUAUCAUGUAAAUGUGAAAAAUUGACUGCUGGUUCUUGGAUCAUAGAUUCAGGAGCUUCUCAUCACAUGACAUACACAAGAGACACUCUCACAAACCUUAGAACACUGCCUUAUCCCUUCUUAAUCACCUUACCAAAUGGAUACAAAGUUAAAGUGACUGAAAUUGGUGAUGGCCCUUCUCUGAAGAGCCCUCUGGCACUUGGUAAGGCAAGGAAUGGUCUGUAUUUUUCUGUCCAAAGUGUCACAAUUGUCCACCUGCUUCUCUUUUUAACUACUGCAAGAAAGUUUCAAUUGAAAGUGAAUCCCAAGCUUCACCACAAAAUUCAUGACACUGAAUUCUUAUGGCAUGCUAGAUUAGGACAUGUGCCUUUUGUAAAAAUGAGGAGUAUAUCUACUAUUCCCCUAACUUUUUCCAGCAAACAACCCUUCAUAUGUACAAUAUGUCCCAUGGCUAGACAAACUAGAAUGCCAUUUCCAGAGAGUACAACUGCAACCAGCUCACUGUUUGAACUACUUCACAUUGAUUUAUGGGGACCAUAUCAUGUACCAACACAUGAUGGCUAUCACUAUUUCUUAACCAUGGUGGAUGAUUACAGUAGAUCAACCUGGACACAACUUCUUAGGUGCAAAAGCAAUGCAUUUCAAACGAUAAAAGCUUUCAUAUCCCUCAUAGAAAAUCAAUUUCAUACCAAUUUAAAAACCAUCAGAUCUGAUAAUGGUCUGGAAUUCACCAGCACUGAGGCAACCCGUUCUUUCAGGAAAAAGGCAUAA